GGAUCUUUAAACUGGAACCAGGAGAGAGACAGGGAUAACUCUUGUUCUAAGGAUCCCUAUUUACGCGCGCCAAGUGGGAAAAGAUACUUUUCAAUCUUCGGACGUUCAUUAGCUUUCUGGGUUUAUCAUGAAUCUUUAGAUUCAAAAUCUGUUUGGUCAUGUGGUGAAUCUAUUUGCCAUCUUCAAAAGUCUGCUUAAUUUUUUUUCUUUGGAGGACAACAAUGGAGACUCGUCCGUUUAGGUCAAUGAGUAGCCUUGCACUCACUUCUUCAGUACCAAACCCUUCAGUCAACGCAGACAUAUCCUUCAGUUCAGAACACAAUCAAUCCAUGGCAAGCCCCUAUCAUUUGCUCUCUGCUAAUGGUGGAGCAGUUGGUCACAAUAUAUAUUCAAACGAUCUCCAUAACCACCCUUCCGUGGCUUCUCACAUUGGAAGCAGCAGUGACACACCAUUCAUCUCUGAGAUAUUAGAUUGGGAUCAUCCAGACCUUUUCGAUUUUCCUUUGGAUAUUCCCAUUCAAACCAAUCAAAUGGAUGACAUUUUGGCAGAAUUGGAUGAAGAAUUGAUUACUGAUGAUGAGAAUCCAUUAAUGUAUGCUCUCUUGAACGAUCUUUUCCUCGACACAAGUUCCACCUCUGCUGCUUCCAAGGUCCAGGAACCAACUAUGCAAUCGCAGAUUCAACAACCCCAAGUUGUUCUGCACCAGACUUCUCCGAUCGUUAGGACUGUAUCCUCAAACAGUUUCACCAGUAAUAAUACUGCGGCUGCUAAGGGACGUGUGCGUUGGACCCCAGAGCUUCAUGAAACUUUUGUUGAGGCUGUUAACCAGCUUGGUGGCAUGGAAAACGCAAAACCCAAGGCGGUGCUGAAGCAUAUGAAAGUCCAAGGCCUGACUAUAUAUCAUGUCAAAAGUCACUUGCAGAAAUAUAGGACAGCUAGACAUGUACCAGAACCAUCAGAAGCAGGUUGGCGAGAGAAGAAGUUGACACCGGUUGAGCAUGUUACAUCUCUUGAUACGAAAAGUGGGAUGUAUAUAACUGAGGCGCUGAGAAUUCAGAUGGAAGUUCAGAAGCAACUGCAUGAGCAGCUCGAGAUUCAAAGGAAGAUGCAACUUCAGAUAGAAAAACAGGGAAAGGCACUUGUCAUGAUGAUUGAGAAGCAAAAUAUGGAGUUUGGCAAACCUGAACAAGAAGAAGAGGCAGAGGCAGAUUCUCGGAGAUCAAAGCGUCCAAGAAAAGGUUGAAUGAAGACAAGGUUUCUCGGAAUGAUAGAUGAUGAUGAUGAUAAAACUGAAAAUGGUGUUUUUGGUGAAGCUUGGAGAGUUUUGACUUAUUAGAAGAAGACUAGGAGCUUUCUUUUUUCUUAUUAGGGAAACUAUUUUUUCGUUGAUAAAAAAAAAAAGAAAAAAAAAAGGGAAACUAUUUUUUCUUACUAUUGUAUUUAUUCUUUCUGAUUAAUAUCAUCAGCACUCUAUCUAGGAAGAAACAAAAAAAUAAAAAGAGAGUUAUUUUUCCAAUC